AUGGCUCAGGAGCCCAGGGAUGACGCCAUUGCCUUCCAUUGUAGAGUGCGCCCCCUAAGUAAUGGGUCUGUGUCCCCAAAAGGGGCAAAUGCCCCUGGGAACCCCAGAGAGAUAGUCCAGUCUCCUUUCAAUUACAUGAUCAUUGUUAUCCAUGUGGCUCUGUUGGCUGGCCUCUGUGGGUUGGUGGGGAACGGGACGGUCAUCUGGCUGCUGGGUUUCCGCCUGAAGAGGAACCCCAUCUCGGUCUACAUCCUCAACCUGGCCACCGCGGACUUCCUCUUCCUCUCGUUCACCAUAGUUGUCGCGCUGCUUUUAAUUAACAACACUGGGGAUCCCAUUGAGCUCAUGCUGCCUGUGCUGUCCACGUCCUACCUGGCGGGGAUGGUCCUGCUCAUGGCCAUCAGCACGGAGCGCUGCAUCUCCGCGCUCUUCCCGAUCUGGUACCGAUGCCACCGCCCGGAGCACCUGUCGGCCAUCCUGUGCGCGGUGGUUUGGGGACUGUCCCUCUGUCUGGGGACCACACGGCUUUUGUGCAUCUAUUAUGAGGACUUCCUGUAUCGCCAAAGCCACCUGGUCUACGUUGUGACGUCCUUCCUGACCCUGCUGGUGCUGUGUGUGUCCAGCCUGACCCUGCUCCUCCGCGUCCACUGCGGCUCCUGGCGGAGACAGACCACGAAGCUCUACAGGCUCAUCCUGCUCACCGUGCUGGCCUUCCUGGUGCUUGGGCUGCCCCUCAAUGUCGGCUUGUUCAUCAACCUCUUCUUCCCCUCACUGUUCGAUUUCCACCGCUACGAGCCCAUCUUCUACGUCCUCUCUGUCCUGAACAGCGCGGUCAACCCCCUCAUCUACUUCUUUGUGGGGAGGCCGAGGCAUCAGCAGGGCCCGAUGUCUCUCCGGGACGUGCUCCAGAGCGCGCUGACGGAGGACGCGUAG